AUGAUUGCCCCUCAAACAGGAGAGCCUGUGAUUGCCUCUGAGGCCGGGUUUGUUUCCUCGGGUGUAGAUCCCUUCAUUCAACCUCUUGCUGGGUUACCCACUGGAAACCUCGCUCCUCAAUUCUACGGCCCUUUCCGUUAUGGUGCCUUCUUUUAUGGACUACCAUAUUAUCCUGCACAACCGACCCCUUCAGUUGGCCAAUUGAUCCUAGGUCCUUCGCUUCCUCACCCGAAAUUUGCCAUGCAACCUACUUUCAGCACCGGUUAUACAGCGCCAGUUUUUCCACCUGCAUCUUUGCCUUUUCACGAGCCCAAUGAUUACCCGGACAAAGCCAAAGACUGCCAAAUUGCGAAUCGCAAAUAUACUAACUGGCUGAACACGGUUUACUACUCAUGGCAAUCACCAAUUGCAUUUGUGCAAGCCUGGGAUGAAGCCUUCAAAGAAAUGAGACAGGUGUUUCGCCGUCCGCAUCUUCCAACCAUCUUCGUUCUCAAUCAAUUCCUCACCGCAGUCAGUGCAAACCCCAACGCCAUUCCAUGGGUCCAGUCGCUCCAAUUUGAUGUUGGUUCUCUGCCGGCAUCCAUCCUGAAUGAAGCCUAUGUUGAUUUCCUGGAGUUUGAGGCACACAGACUAAGUGGAGGGGAUUUUGACAUCAGCAACGAGAACCUAGAGCCUCUAGAACCGAAGCAGUAUUGCCACUUUCACCAGCGUCCUACUAGGCACUCUACUGAGGACUGCUUUCGAAACCCGCAGAACACGAAGCGCAAACGCAGAUGGAGACGCAAGCAGGAGCUGAUGGCGACUGACAUCCCGGUUGAACAGGGGGGAAUUUGA